UUUAAUUUAAUACUAAAUCAAUUUCAAUUAAUGAUGUGAUUAAUACUACAUUAAGUUGAGUAAACAACUCACAACAACGCUCAAGUGAGGUAUACUAUAUUAUAGAGCUAUUGAUAAAUAGUAGAUAACUUGGUAUUUAAUUUAGUAGCACUCCAAUGAUAAAGCCGCGUGGAUCUUCAGGAAAAAUAAUAAUAUUUUCGGCUUAAAAUGAACAUUACAGAGUUGUACUUGAGCUAUCACAGCAAGUCGGGUGAACAGGAUGACGAUGCGAAUCUCGUGGCCGCACACGCGACAAUGCAAGUCAUACACAAUCAUCUGCUACAUAUGGGCACAUUCUUCACGCUCACUUUAUGCUGCCGCAAUCGACACACAUGCAAUUUCUAUAACAAUCUCAUGGAGAAGCUAUUCCAUAUGUGGGGUCUAUCGAUGGUGCGCUUUGUGGUGCUGCAAGAGAACUCAACGCAACGUGUGAUUGGUUCGAGGCGUUAUAAUAUGAUAUUAACGGAUUCAUAUGAGGCAUUUCGUGAGAUUGACGUUGCGUACUACACGCGUAACAACAACUACAACGAGUACUACUAUAUCUUUCUGCAAGUGCGCGACGCCUUUGCGCAGUCCAAUCUCAAGCAGAUUUUUGCUUAUUGUUGGGCGAAUGCGAUGAUUAACUGUAGUGUACAGUUACAGAAUUCACAUGGUGAGAUUACGGUCUACUCUUACUUUCCAUUUACGGAACAAUGUUGCGGUUGCGUGGAACCGGUGCUUAUAAGUCGUUUCAAUGGCACUGAUUUCGUAAAGCCGAUACUAUUUCCACGCAAAUUAAAGAAUUUCCACGGUUGUGUUUUGCGCGCUGCCAUUUGGCAUAUACCACCUUUCGCCUACUUGCAGUCGGAUGAGCGGGGCGUCAGCCAAAUUGUGGGUGGUAUUGAGGGUCAUCUGCUGUUACAGUUGAGUGAAAUAUUGAACUUCACCAUCGAAGUGAAGGUGCCACCGGAUAAUAUAUUUCAAAUAGGUGCGAUCCGAAUGCUACAAGACGGCGAGGUCGAUAUGAGUUUGGGUAGUAUCGGUCAGUCGCCUGCUCUACUCGAAAUCGUCUCAAGCGUCGCCAGCUAUUAUCAGACGCGACAGAUAUUGUGUCUGUCGAAGAACGCUUAUUUUUUGAAUUCGCUUGAGGAGCUCAUAUUUCCUUUCGAUACGACCACUUGGUUAUUGAUUUGGUGCGCCUACCUUCUAUGCUGGGCCUUGUGCUAUCUAUUGACCAAAUAUUGCAGACACUGCUUUGAGCAGAAUGUGCAGCCGCUUUUGAACUACCUCGCUAUAUUACUCGGCAUGCCGACGACACAUACUCCAAUGCGCUAUUAUGGACGUCUACUAUUCCUCACCUGGUUAUGUUUUACACUCUUGAUACGCGCCGUGUACCAGGGUGUGCUGUUCACCUAUGCACAUCAUGAUACGAUUGCACCCAUUCCAACAGAUUUCAGUGAACUUGUUGCGCGCAAUUUCACAACCGUUAUGUCGAAAAUGAAUCGCGAUUUAUUAUCGGAUGUGCUUUUUUUGCAGAGAUUACCAGCGUUUACAACAAAGCGCUUGAACGGCACGAAUGCUUUCGAUUACAUACGGCAUAUCUCGAAGCGAAAUUAUGUUGCAAUUGAACCAGUCGAUUACUUGCAUUACUACGAGAAAGAGCAGAACAAGACGGGCCUUUUUGUAAUGAUGCGCAAAGAUCUCAUGAAUUUUCAAAUCACCAUGUAUUUGGCAAAACACUCGUUUUUGAUUGACCAAUUUGAGGAGGAGAUUUGGUGGAUACGUUCGACGGGUUUGCUAAAGCGCUGGACUCUGGUAGAGUUGGGCGCGCGAAAAAUUGUGGAAGAUACAGAUGCGGUUGAUGUCAUUAUUUUGGAGAAUUAUUAUGCUUUAUUUGCUAUGCUUGGUAUUGGUUUGGCUGUUGCGUUGUUGGUCUUUGGCUUGGAGAUUUUGUCACUUCGUGUUCGGUUUUUGAGAAAACUGUUCUUGAAAAUAGAGUAUUUUCUGGAAUAGAACAUUUCAUGGCUUAUUAAACACCCAGUUAAGACGCUAACAUGUUAUGUAUACACAAAAUAUAAUAUCUAUAAUAAAAGGAAUUAAAAAG